AUGGGAUUCACAUGCAAUGGUUGUCGCGUGCAAUUCCUCACAAUCGGUGAGCACAAAAGUCACUACCAGUCAGAGUGGCACUGCUACAAUCUCAAACGAAAAGUAGCAGCCCUUCCUCCACUGACCCUUGACGACUUUGAGCAACGAAAAGCUGUGGCAGAUGCAGACAAGGCGAAGUUGGACACAAAGGAGAAAAAGAAAAAUCAUCACAAGGAAAAGAAAGCCAAAAAAUUAAAGAAAAAGGAAGAAGAGAUGGAGACAGAAGAAGUUCUUGAAUCAAAAUGGAAAAAUGGGGACAACCCAAGAUACCGUUGGUUUAUGGAACGUUCUGCGGAGCUCGACGCAGCCGAGGAUGAUGAAGAAUGGGAAGACAUGUCGGACGGGGAUGAUGAAGAUUUUGAAGAAGUCCUCGAAGAAGACGAAAUCACCAAAGAGCCCGUCGUGUGCAUCGAAGAUGGAAAGCACCAGCGCGAAAUUCCAGUCAACGAAUGUCUCUUCUCCGGCCAUAUUUCGAAAAAUAUCGACGCCAAUUUGAAAUACAUGAAUCUUCACUACGGCUUUUUCAUCCCGAUGGCGGAAGAUCUCGAGGACAAAAAAGGGCUGAUGCGAUAUUUGGGAAGAAAGAUCGGCGUUGGCAAUAUUUGUAUGACUUGCAACGAGAAAGGGAAAGCGUUUUACUCGCUUCAAGCUGUUCGGGAUCACAUGAUUAAAAUGGGCCACACGAGUUUGGAAAUGAAUGGAGAAAAGGCGCUGGAGUACUCAGAUUUCUACGAUUUCGAAGAUUCGGACUUGGAAGAAGAGCAGAAUACAGAUGAAAAUGUUGUUGGAGAGUUGGUUUUGGCAGAUGGAAGCGUUAUCGGACACAGAAGCUUGUGGAGAUAUUACAAGCAGAGUUUCGAUCCAAGAAUGGCGCUCGUUCCGAGCAAGAGAGCUAAUCAGAUUAAUAAAUACAGAGCGAUUGGUUGGUAUGGAGAUUGUUCGAAUCAGCAGGCGCAAAUCAACGAGUUCAAGAAAGUCGCCAAGUUCAAACGAAAGAUGAAUCUGCGAAUCGGACUACGAAACAACAUGAACGAUAAUAUGAAGCAUUUCAAGAGACGAGAUGGUUUCUGUAUGUAG